AUGUGUGACCAGCAGAAACAGCCACAGUUCCCUCCAUCUUGUGUGAAAGGUUCAGGAUUGAACUCUGGGCUAGGUUCUGGUGGUGCUUCUGUGAGCUUCCAGGCUCCAAGCCAGACUCAAACUAUCUGUCCUGCUCCCUGCCAGACUCAAACCUACACGAAGUGCCAAGUUCCCUGCCAGACCAAAAGCUAUGUGAAGUGCCCAGCUCCCUGCCAGACAUAUGUGAAGUGCCCAGCUCCCUGCCAGACAUAUGUAAAGUGCCCAACUCCAUGCCAGACAACCUAUGUGAAGUGCCCAGCUCCGUGCCAGACAACCUAUGUGAAGUGCCCAGCACCAUGCCAGACGUAUGUGAAGUGCCCAGCUCCAUGCCAGACAACCUAUGUCAAAUAUCCAGCUCCCUGCCAGACCCAGAGGUAUUAUGUCCAGUACUCUUCUCCUUGCCAGACCUACUAUACUCAAGCUUCUGCAGGUGGCUCAGGCUCCCAAGGCUGUGCCCCUGAUCCAUGCUCUGCUCCCUGUUCUACCAGCUACUGCUGUCUGGCUCCCCGGACCUUUGGAGUGAGUCCCCUGAGACGCUGGGUCCAGAGGCCGCAAAGCUGUAACACAGGAUCCUCUGGCUGCUGUGAAGAUUCUGGAUGCUGCAACUCUGGGUGCUGUGACUCUGGGUGCUGCUGUUUGGGAAUUAUCCCCAUGAGUUCCCGAGGUCCUGCAUGCUGUGACCAUGAAGAUGAUUGCUGCUGUUAA